UUGCUGCAAUAAGUCUGCAGCAAACUAGUAUCCUGUUAAAUCAUUGACUGCAUUCUUCGCUGAGUGGCUAGGCCCUGCUGCAAUCUCACUGGCUCGUGCGUUGACCAACCAAUUUCUCAAGCUCGUCUCAAUCACCCAGGAUGGAGACAGCUGAAGGUUCCGGGGACAACAGUCUAAGUGAGUCGUUCCUGGCAGGCAGCAAUCAGUAUCAGGUGGAAGGAGGUGAUGGUGAUGAGGUGAUAGCAUCAGGGGAAGGGGACGAAGAAGCCAAGACAGAUGAGCCACUCAGAGAACAGGAUCGAUUUUUACCCAUUGCAAAUGUUGCAAGAAUUAUGAAGAAAUCAAUACCAGCCAAUGGAAAGAUUGCAAAAGAUGCCAAGGAGUGCGUUCAGGAGUGUGUAUCAGAGUUCAUCAGCUUCAUCACCAGCGAAGCAAGUGAGCGAUGUCACCAAGAGAAGCGGAAGACCAUCAACGGAGAAGACAUAUUGUUUGCCAUGUCAACUCUAGGGUUUGACAACUAUGUUGAACCUCUUAAGGCAUAUCUACAAAAAUACAGAGAAUCAUCGAAGGGAGACAAAGUACUCACUGUGAAUGCUGCUCAAGAUGCUAGCAUGGAAGAAAUGGUUGGAGAAGAAUUUAGUCAGUCUGUGACGAAUAUGCUGACUACAGACGGUGUACAUUCAGGAGUCAUUCUUGCUCAGUAUCCCAACACAAUGAACUUUUCCUAGAAGAAUCAAUCUGCCAUCAAUCUAGUGGUUCACCUGAGACAAACAGCCUCAUAGCCAGCAACGUGAAAUCAGUCAUCAGUGUUGUGGGUGGACAUCCUGGCACAUGCACCUAGACCUGCUCUGAUAACAUAGUCAACAUAGUCAACAUUGGACUGUGUCCUGUAACCCCAAACACACUGCCUCAUUGGUCAUCUGGUGAACGAGAUCACGGAAUUGUGAUCCAAUUUUUUAACAUGGUCACCUUGGCAGCCAUAUGGACGCCAUACGAUAGAGGACAGUUAUCUCUGUUCUGAAGUCUGACAGACAACCAUGUCAACAAGAUGAACAGAUACAGACCCAAUUUGGGAAAGAAGAGCUAUUUGUAGUACAGUCAUAUUUUUAAUCACAGACAUAAAUGUUUGCACAAGGUGGUCUUCUUAUAUCAUAAUUACAUUCAUGUCUGUAUUAGCGUGUUACUUUGCCACAAUCUCAACACACUGUCCAUGUAGAGUUUUGUCAUAUUUGAAUAAUGAAUUGAUAUUUCAUUACAUGACAUUCUGUAGAUAUGGUGGUGAAAGUGAUGGAAUAUGGGGCACCAAUGCUUGGCUUUACAAAUAUCUUGGUCUUCUCUACAACCCAACUCUUGUCUGAUGUAAUACAGUGUCAUUUAUAAGGGUACACUCUUGUGACGUGUUACAUGAUAAGUCAAUGUCAGAAUACCGGUAGGUCCCUGGUACCACAUGCUUGUCACCAGACUUAGCUAAAGAGGCUGUUAUCAGUGGCUAAACCAUGUGGCAUCAUACCAGGUUGACAUACCAUUCGUUUCCAGCCACUGGUUGGUCUGGUCCGUACUUAAUUAUGUAGAGUGGCAGUAUUUAGAUGGAACAUCAGGUCUGUGGACAUAAACCAUCACUCAACCGGUGUUCAUUGAAGCAGAUGUAUAAACAAAUAUACAGAUUAAGGAUAUUUGCAGUUUGCUUUGCCAGAGUCUUACAAGAUUAAAACGGUAACUUAGCCUUAUGUUCAGCAAUAGAUAGUUUGGGAUCUAGCUUUCGAUGUCAAACAAUUGUAGGAAUUAUUUGUGCUUCGAUUCAUGUUCCCAAACUGAAGAUUUCUGCACAUUUCUAUUCAGUGUUUAGGUACACGUGUUGUAAUUGAAUAUAUGCAUAAGGGGUUUAAGUAGGAUGAAAUUGGCAAUAUCAUGAUAGCACCGACAAUGAUCGAACCUGGAUAUUACCAAAACUAUUCUCAAUUUGUACCAGCUAUACACCAGACCUGGGAUUUUAUCCGUGAUUGUCUUGAAAAUGUCCAACGUUUUAUUUUGUUUGUAUAAUCGUACCAUUUUUAUUGACUGUAUAAUACGUCAAACUAAAUCCCCUUUAUCACUAUAUAUAUUAUGUCACCCUAGUUUGCCGGAGAAAUGAUUUCGUUUGGUGCUGCUGUACAUCAGUUUUCAACUUGUAAGGUAGACAUCAUGUAGUGUUUAGAUUACCCAGUGUUCCCUUACGUAAGAAUGACAGUUUUCUCCGAUUUCAUGUUUUCUACUGUUUCUUUUAAAAUUAUUUUUAGUGUAGACAGAAGUUUUUACAACAGUUCUCUCCAUACUGCCCAAAACAUCAUUUUUAUUAAAAAGGCAGUUUUAGAAAAUCUGAAGAAUCAUGAAUAGCUUUCAGAGUUCCAAAAGAUUAAAUCCUUUAGAAUGAUGUCUGUAGGUGGGGAAAAAGAGACUUGUCAGAUCGUUCUUUUCUUUGAAAGCCUGAAUUGACUUGUGCUAUAUGGGUAAAUUUGAUUAUUGUUUGGGUGAAAAUAGAGGAAGCACUCAGUAAUGUCUCAAACAUUUAUACAAACUCAUCGGUCAUUGCAUUAUAUUUGUGUCAUUACAUUUUAUUUGUGUGCUUUUUCAGUGCUGGUAUACUUAGUGUUAAUAGUGGAGUAUUUUUCAUAUGUUCCCAGCAAUAAUUGGGUACUGUUAGUAUAUGAACAUGCUUCAAACAAACAUCUACAUGAUCAUAAUUUUUCCUAGUGUCCACGCCAUUUGAACAAACUUGCAUCUGAAGUGGUCUUCCUGUUGAUAAACUCAUCCUUCAGCUUGACAUUUGUGUCUGAAACAGUUGUUUUCACAAAUAUAUUUAUCAUGUACAUAUAGAUAUGCCAUUACAUAUUUUGUGUUCACAUAAUUGUCUCAUUUUGUCACCUUUUCUAAGAGUUAUAAAGCUAGUGUUAGCAGUUUGAUUGGUUGUAAACAUACCCACUGCAAUGAGACGGAAUGCUACAUUUCUCAACAGACCAUCGUUUCAGUAGCCAUAAUGGACAUUUCAGAAAUGUGAAUAUUAUCAUUGUCAUUAUCACUUUUAUCUCAUAGACAAAGUAUCAGUAUUUUAACUUGUGUGUUUCCAGUGGCAGACUAGUUGUGUAACCUCCCCCCAUAUCUUGCCAUGACCUGGCUCUCCUGGGUUGACUGCAGCCCUUGCAGAAUCUCAUCCAGGAAAUACUUCAAGUUGUAGCAAUAUUGUAUGUGGUUUUAUGCAUUCUGUGUGAGGUUUGUAUUUUGAGGAGGGGAGGGUUUAUGAGGAAGUAGAUUGUCCUGUGUUAGGUUUUCUACCACUUUGCAGUAACAACCCCAAGAGGACAUUUCCCCCACCCCAUCCUCCCCCUCAAAUAUUAUGCGGCAUAGUGUGAGACAAUCUCACUUAAAGUUAACUCAUCCUGACAAUUGCCAUCUUGACUGUAGAAGAGACACCACAUUGUCCUGUGUUCAAGAUUCUGAUGAUCUCUUGUCUUCCAAACCAUGACGGUUGGGGAUCCAUCAAGGCUUUUGAGAAAUUCUUAGCAUAAUUUUACAAAUUGAAAUCAGUAUGGGAUCUCACAAAUCUUAGCAUUAGUGAGAAAAGUCUGUCUCCAUAUAGGGCAGGCCCUCAAAACACUCUUUGUUUUCGAUUGUAGAAGUUACCGACAGUGUACAUAUACGUCCCUGCUGUGGAGAAUUAUCUAGACUACUGUAUGUGUAAUUCCACAAAACAGGAAUACUUUUAUGAACGACUUCAAGAUCUAACAUGAAAUUAAAGACUUUAUAAGGUCAUAUGUGGAGCCUUGAAGGGUCAGAUGACCACAGGCUUCAAAACACUUGCUUCUUCCUACAUCGGCAUCAGGUAGAAAAGAAUUGAGUUUCAGGCAGAUUUUUAUAAUCAUCCACUCAUCUGUGGGUCUGAUUUCAAUAACAGUUUGCCAAAUUGCUUAGGAAGCUUUUCACUAAUUAUCAGGUUAAAAAAUUGGUUAUUUUUCCAGUUAUGUAUCUAAAUGAAUAAAUAGUGCCUUUGUUUUCCUUCUCUAAAAAUCUGUAUUGUUUGUAAGUAUAGUGAAGUAUUGUGAUUGCUGACAGUCACUGCCACUUUAAUAAUGAAAAUAAAUCCUAAUAAACUUUGACUCUGAGCUUGGUGACAGUCUGGUCAUAUUUAUGGAUUAAUCUGACAUAUGUCUUGUAAAACAUAUCUUUUGUUUGGAUGUUAUCUCAUAAACCAAAGUCUUCUGACACAUGUCAGAUAAAAAUAAAUCAUUGUAAAUAAAAUUUACAUCCUUAUA